AUGGCUUCUUUCGGGAUGGAGUCCUCCAUGGCGUCACUUCCGCCCGUCGAUCAAGACCACAUUGAGGUUCCUAUCAUUGAUGACAAUGAGCCCCUCAUCGAGGUCGUACGCAAACUUCAAAACUAUAUGAUACAAGCGAUCUCCGAGGUCUCAUAUUCCUUCGAGGAAUUAAGAUUCUCACCUUGCGGACAGAAGCUUAGGUUACUGCUGUACUCAUUAGCAGAGAAUUCGCACAAUCCAUGUAUCAUCUCUGCACUGAUGAUCCUGAAGUGGGAGUUCAACAAUGCAGCCGAGAAUGACUGGGGUCUAAACGAAGGCCGCGGCUAUGCAUGCGAAUACGUAGCAUGGCAGUUUCUCUGUCACAUCAAUCAGCGCGAGACUAUUGAAUACUUGCUAGAGGAGUUGCCUAGCCCCGUGUAUGCUUCCAUCAGUCUCACCCAAGCGGAGAGAGGCGCAUCGGCUUUCACACCCGCAGGCGACGAGCAAAGUUUCCAGCGGGAAGGAGAAAGAACACCCCUCCUUUUACACUCAUCCUCUUCGCUGUACCGAUUUUUCGGCGGAAAGAGGCGCGCAGGCAGCGCGUCGGAUAUAGCAAACUCUGGGAGUAACGUUUCCUCUGCGGACGCGUAUGAGCUUAUGAAGUACUCCAUGUUCUUCGGACUCAGCGCCCUGGAAAUAGCAGCCAUCGCAGAAGCAAAGAAGUUCCUAAGUCAGAAAGUCGUUCAAAAGGUAAUUGACAAUAUUUGGAAUGGGGAGAUUGUCUUUUGGGACUCGCUCAGUGUUCAUUCCACCAAGAAACCCCAGUUCUUCAACAAGAGGAACGCGGAUCCAUACUCCCGCUUGAGGGUCCCAGUAUAUCGCAAAGCAUUUGAGGCUGCGUUCUUCGUCUCCUUCCUGUUUCUUUACUAUGCUGUUUUGGUGGAGAGAAAGUCCACCGGAAUAGGUAUCUUCGAAACAUUGAUGUACAUCUGGAUUGCUGCUUUUGCCUACGACGAAUUUAGCGGCAUGACUGAUGCGGGGAUGGUCUUCUACCAGAUGGACUUCUGGAGUGUCUGGAACAUAGCCAUUAUCGGUACCGGUCUUGCCUUCAUGAUCAUAAGUGAGAUCUGCUCCCUGGUGAGCUUAAAUUCCUAUUUUGGAAGUUUGACCAAAGCGUUCUUCCGAUUUAUCCCUGUGAUCGUAGUGUUGUACCUAGGGUUCUUGACCACGUUUACCAUGCUCGCUCGUGACCGCCUCUCUCUCAGGCAAAUGUCAUGGAUUUUGGUGAAGGUGUUCUUUGGGUUAAUUUUUGUCUCCAUGACCAACUUAUUGUUGCUCUCGUCGUUGGUCAGCCUUAUGAGCAUGAGUCUAGAAGGGGUCAUGGCUCAUGCGAGAGAAGAGUACCUCUUCCAGUUGUCGAUCUACGUCUUGGAAAGCAGUAAUUCGCGAAGGUUGACCUACUUUAUGCCUCCUUUAAACCUCAUCCCUCUUCUCUGUAUCCGGCCCAUGAGGCUCUUCCUAUCUGCAGAGCAUAUUCGCCGAGUCCGCAUCGUGUUGCUCCGAGCAACCCACCUACCGUUUGUUGCGCUGAUCUGGGCCUAUGAAUCUAGCCGCCGCUAUGUUUCGCGGCGAAAUAGUCAGUUUCCACCAACAGCCACGACAGGAGGGAGCAGUCGCCCGACCUCGUCUUUCCAAGCGGGCUUCCCUCUCUCCACGCACCAUGCCCCGCUGCAGGGCUCCGCAAGUGAGGGGCAGUUCUCCAAACCUAUAAGAUCCAAGGAGCGCUCUCACUCGGAGAUACGCGGGUCGUUUCCAGGCCAGGCUGGACCGGUUGACAUUCCGGAUAUGGUCGAUGAAAUAGAGAGAUUGCGGGUUCAAGUGGAACGAGUGGCUACAACCGUGGCCUUUCUCCAUCGAGCCCAUUAA